AGUCUAUACAAUCCGGUAUUCGGGUCGACCCAUUUGUGUCUUCCUCGCGGACCAGACUUGUUAGAACUUUCAAGUCACAAGUACAUACUCUUGUCUGUUUCGUAUUCUAUCUGAACUUUUACUUCGAGCUUAGAUCAAUCAAGAGAAUAUGGGAAGAUGUUCAACGAAGAAGGUGCUUCUCAUUCAGAAUCCGAUCCUGUUUCUUCAUCUCCUGAUCUCAUUCUCCUCCGGUGGUGCAGUGAAACCGGAUCCGGGAGGAGUAUGUGUUUCUAAAGGAGGAAGGUUUCCACCAUACGAAUCAGCAGGAAAGCCUCCUAACUCUGUUGGUAGAGGAUCCAAGGAUCUAACGAUGUGCCGUGUGUUCCGUAAAAGGACAUGUUGCUCCCCCGCUCAGACAACCCCAGCUUUCGUAGCUGUCAGAAACUUGGCUACUUAUGGAGAAGCUAGUCAAGAUUGUCUGCAUUUGUUCGAGUUAUUGGAGUGUUCAAUCUGUAACCCGAACGUCGGUAUUCAACCGGGUCCUCCUCGCAUCUGCUCCUCUUUUUGUGACAGAGUAUUUGAAGCUUGUAAAGACGCAUACUUCGCUAGUAAUGCACUUACACAGACGAUUGGUCCCUGUGGUGUAAACGACGAGAUUCUCUGCGUUAAGGCUUCAUAUUGGGAGUCUAAUGGCACAUCAUUCUGUGAAGCAGCUGGUUUCUCCGUUCAAAAAGAUGAAGAUUCUAGAGAAGAAACGUGUUACGGAAGCAAAGCAAGUCUAGAAUCUGUGGUGGAAUCAUGGUCAAGAGACUCGAAAAAGAAGACCUCUUUCAAGACUGAGACUUUGUCAUGUUUUAAAGAUCUUCUGCAAUGGGUGCGUGUAAUGACAACGAUUCAGAAGGUUUCUAUGGGGGUGUCGUUUCUUGUUGCAGGAAUGUUCUUGAGCAGGCAAUGGAAUAACCGUAUGCAGAAGCAGAGGCUAGCUGCGAUCCAGAGAGCUGCUAGACGAUUGGGAGGGGAUGUAAACGGGGAUUCAUACAGUGCAGCUUUAAAUAGAAGAGUAGUUCAAAGUUGAUUUCUUUUUUUCUUUACCAAUGAACAAGCGUAUGGAAAGAUGUUUAGUUGCAAAAGCCAUGAACUAACUGUUCUUGAAGUCGAACCUUUACUCUGUAGAGGCUUGUCUCAAGUAAAGUUUUGCCAAAUGCUAGUGUAUAUGAAAUGUGGUACCCUGAUGAUAUGCAAAAGGGUUGUUUGUA